AUGAGGUCUAUCUCAUGGAUUUUCUUGUUACCCUUCUGCUUCAUAAACCUUGGCAUCAAUGUCUUUGUUGUGACUAGCCAUUGUCUCAGCCAUCAAAAAUCUGCUUUGCUUCAUUUGAGAAGAAACCUUAUAUUCAACCCUUCUGAGUCGAAAAAAUUGGUUCAUUGGAACCAAAGUCAUGAUUGUUGUCAAUGGAAUGGAGUAACAUGUGAUAAGGGACAUGUUAUAGCUCUUGAUCUAAGUGGAGAAUCCAUCUCUGGUGGACUUGAUGACAGUUCCAAUGGCAUCUUCAACUUGCAAUUUCUGCAAAAUUUGAACUUGGCUCAUAACAAGUUUCAUUCUGUGGUUCCUUCAAAGCUGCACAAGUUGAGCAAUUUGAGAUAUCUGAAUUUGUCAAAUGCUGGCUUUGAGGGUCAGAUACCAGUUGAGAUAUCUUAUCUAGCAAAGCUCGUUUUUCUUGAUCUUUCUACCUCACUUCACACACUUAAACUUGAGGAGCCAAAUGUCACAAUUCUUUUACAGAAGUUCACAGAACUCAAGGAGCUAUAUCUUGAUGGUGUGAAGAUGUUUGCUCAGGGGAAGGAGUGGGGCCAGGCACUAUCCACAUUGCAAAAUCUUCAAAUUGUGAGUAUGUCAUCUUGUAAUCUCUUUGGCCCUAUUGAUUAUUCAAUUGCAAAGCUUCUAUCUUUAUUGGUUCUUCGGCUGGACAAUAACAAUAUAGCAAGCUCGGUGCCAAAGACCUUUGUGGGAUUGACCAACUUAACCAACUUGCAACUUAGAAAUUGCAACUUGAGUGGAGUGUUUCCAGAACAGGUCUUCCAAAUGCCAAACCUACAAGUCAUUGAUGUGUCAGAUAAUCAAGAUCUUCAAGGUUCUUUACCAAAAUUCCAACAUCAUGGAUUUCUCCACAGUAUGAACCUUAGCCAUACAAAGUUCUCAGGGCAGCUACCUAGUUCUAUUCACAAUUUGAGGAAGUUGUCUGCAUUAGACCUGUCAAACUCCAAAUUUAGUGGAACACUUCCUUGUUCAAUCUCCAAGGUGACCUCACUUGUCUAUCUAGACUUGUCAUUCAAUAAUUUCACUGGCUCUCUUCCAUCUUUCAAUUUGUCCAAGAGCCUCACAUAUCUAUCCCUCUAUCACAAUGGCUUGGAGGGUGAAGUUCCAUCAGUUCAUUUCACAGGCCUUGAAAAUCUUAUCACUAUUGAUUUGGGUGACAAUUUAUUCAAUGGGAAAGUUCCAUCAUCUCUUUUUACACUUCGAUCAUUACGCGAGCUGAUUCUCUCCAACAAUAGAUUUGAGGGUCUUCUAGAUGAAUUUCCAAAUGCUUCUUCCUCCCCAUUAGAGAUCCUUGAUGUUAGUGGAAAUAAUUUACAAGGGCCUGUUCCUGUGUCUAUCUUUCAGCUCAAAAGACUCACUUUGCUCCAACUUUCUGCAAACAAGUUCAAUGGAACUAUAGAUUUGGGUAUGAUGAGAAGCAUGGAAAAUUUGGCUACACUAGAUCUGGCUCACAACAAUUUCUUGGUUGAUACAACUUUGGUGAACAACCACAAUUUGUCAUCACUACCCAAAUUGAACAAUUUCAUGCUGGGUUCUUGCAAAUUGAAAGAGUUUCCCAGUUUUUUGAGAAAUCAAUCCAAUUUGUUGUACCUUGACUUAUCCAGCAACCAAAUUCGAGGAACAAUACCCAAUUGGAUUUGGAGGUUUGAUUUCAUGGUCUUUCUUAAUCUUUCCAACAAUUUUCUCACAGAUUUGGAAGGUCCUUUUCACAAUAUUACUUCUAAUUUGUUUCUUCUUGAUCUCCACUCCAACCAACUCAAAGGCCACCCUCCCAUUUUUCCAAAAAAUGUGAUCUAUUUGGAUUACUCAAGCAAUGGAUUUAGCUCUAUUGCCCCACUAGAUAUUGGCAAUCAUCUCCCUUUCACAUAUUUUCUCUCUUUUUCAAACAACAGUUUUCAUGGAAAAAUCCAUGAAUCCCUAUGUAACAUGUCAACUCUCCGUGUGCUUGAUCUUUCUGACAACAACUUCAGUGAAACCAUUCCUGAGUGCCAAGUUUCUAAUACAUUUUCAGCUUUUUGUGCCCUUCGAUUCCUAGAUCUCAAUGAAAAUUUCUUAAGUGGUACAAUCCCAAAGUCAUUGGCUAAUUGCCAAAAACUACAAGUCUUAAACCUUGGAAACAAUCAAUUGACCGAUAGAUUUCCGUGUUUCUUGGGGAAUGUAUCCACUUUGAGAGUCAUGAUUCUAAGGUCAAACAAAAUUUAUGGGACACUUGAAUGUCCAAAUAGCAUUGGAAAGUGGGAGACGCUUCAAAUUGUUGACCUGGCCUCAAAUAAUUUAAAUGGUACUCUACCUAUAGCGCUCCUGCAAAGUUGGAAAGCAUUGAUGAGACCAGCUGAAGAUGAAAGUGGCACAAAAUUUGGCCAGUUGUCUUUUGACAUCUAUGACAACGCUAAUGUUGUGGACUUCAAGAAUGCAUUAUCAACUGUGAACAAGGAUCUUGCACCAAAACUAGCCGAAUUGAUAGCAGUAGAACCACCUUUUGUGAUUAGCCACUUAUUCUCUGAUAUUAAUGCCAAUGAUUUUGGUCUUCAAAGUUAUCUAGAUUCGGUGACAAUUGUCAACAAAGGAAGACAACUAAAGUUGGUUAAGAUUCUUACGGCCUUCACAUCUUUGGAUUUCUCAUCCAACCACUUUGAAGGGCCAAUACCAGAAGAGCUAAUUGAUUUCAAAGCACUUCAUGCUCUUAAUUUGUCACGAAAUGCUUUUUCAGGCCAUAUCCCUUCAUCUAUAGGGAAUCUGAAGUAUCUUGAGUCCUUAGAUUUGUCUAUGAACUCUUUUAGAGGAGACAUACCAACAGAGCUUGCAAGUUUGUAUUUCCUUGAAUUUUUGAACCUCUCUCACAAUCAUUUGACUGGGAAAAUCCCAACAGGGACUCAAAUUCAGUCAUUUGAAGCAGAUUGUUUCAAAGGCAAUGAAGCCUUAUGCGGACCUCCAUUGACACAAAGUUGCAAUUUGGGUGAGAUUCCAGGUUUGCAAACACCAUCUUCAAAAACAACUGAAUCAAAUGAUGGGAACUCCAUUGAUUGGAAUUUUUUGAGUGCUGAAUUGGGAUUUACUUUUGGCCUUGGCAUCAUUAUCCUUCCUCUCAUAUUCUGCCAACAAUGGAGAUUGCAAUACUUCAAAUACGUAGACUACAUACUUUGGAAGAUCAUCCCUCAGCUUGAUUUUGUAUAUGAACGUCGUGAAGGGAAAACUUACAGAAGCUUAAGAUGGAAACCAUAUUAA